AUGGACGACUGCAUCCAAGCCGCUGCCAAUUCGGGCAUGUUCUCACUGUGCUCUGAGCCGACGCUGCGCCAGAUCUGCUCGCGUGCUAAGGCCGUGACGUAUCCCAAGAACGCUGUUGUAUACCGACAGGGUGAGACGCAGAGCGAAAUGCUGUUGCUAAAGCAGGGGAGCGUGGAAAGCACCAAGAUAAUUGAGGGUCAAGAACACACACUUGGAGUGAUGACUAGCGGGGCCGUGAGCAGUAAUCACGCACUCGUACAGGAUCCUGCGGCCGUGACGGUGCGCUGUAUCACUCCUGUGUCGGGCUUCUCACUGCAGAGUGCUGCGCUGGAUGAGGUUCUUGAAGACAAGACUGCCGCACGUGAAGUUAUGCACAGCUUAAGCAAAGAAAUUAGGCGGCAGGCAUCAUUGCUACAGACGCCGCUGUUCGAGCAGCAUGCCAAGCCUACGCCGUACUUCGCUACGUCUGUGGCCGCCUCCAUCGAGUCAUUUUACCGUAGUGGUAUGAACUCACUAUUAAACGCUCGUCUCACCGGCCAACCUGUUGCAAGAUUCUUCCCUGAGAUGCACCUGCAAAUUCCUACGCGUAUGAUAUACAUUAAUGGUUUCAAAGGCAUUCGUCACCUGUUGGAAAAAAAUGUCGAUGCCGAACAAUACGAGUAUCCGCUAUUGGUCCGUCUGGGGGAAGCUGUAGCACCGGGUGUCAUUAUGACGCCUGUGAGUAGUAUGCUCGAAGCCUUCAACGCUGGCCACAUGAACCCAGAGUCAUUAGCCACGCGCUGGAUCCGCGGUACGGCCCCGCGAAUGCUACGUGAGGUAAUUUUUGGUGUUGGUUUGAACCAGUUGUCGGACUACUUUGAAGAGCGUUUGUCCGUGACUGCAAGCCCUGCUUUAAACAAUGCCAUCGGAAGCAUGGCGGCUGGAGUCGUUUCGGGAUAUCUGUCGCAUGUGCCGCACAAUCUGUCCACAAUGAAGCUCAUGCAUCCCCAGAAAAGUUACGGCGAGCACAUGGAUGAUUUUAUCCGGCGUGCAGAGGUGCGUGUACCCAACACGGUGUCUCCUCGCCAGCGGUACAUUGCAGCCACGGCACUAGCGCUACUAUUCCCUAAGGGCCUGACAGUGCGAACUUCGCAGAUUGUGGGCUCAUUCAUUAUCUUAAACGGCACCAUUAACUCUCUCAAGGAUAUCGACUUUAGCACGAUUACAGGCUACGUGUCGGCUUAG